AUGUCUGCGCCAGCUUAUUACCAGCUUUAUCGACGGCUGACAAUUGGACUGACGUUGAUGGAUGCUCUUGAUACCCUCAUUCUGGACGGAAUGAUUCAACCUCAGUUGGCAAAUCGUAUUCUUGACAACUUUGAUCGAGUGAUUAGUGAUCUGUUCAAGAACGAAUCACUCUUGACCCAAAGAUCAAAAUUGACCUUUAAAGGUGACCUACACACCUAUCGGUUUUGUGAUGAUGUAUGGACGUUUAUCAUCAAGAAUGUGUUGAUCAAAUUGAGCGACUCUGUUGAUUUGGAAGACGGCUCGAAUGAAGUUAAGAUUGAGAAGUUUAAGAUCGUGGCUUGCAACUCUCGAAGGGCAGGUGACGCCUAG